GUCGCCAGGGUGGUAAUAUCUGGUGCAGAGCUUGAGUCUGGCUAGCGAGUCAGGCUCCUGCUAGAUCAGCACCGGAGGUGGAAGACUGGUACGUUUUACAUACUUUGGAAAAAAAAAAAAAAACUUUGCUGAAGGUACUAGAGAAGAGACAGUUCUGCUGACAACCCUUGAGAAAAUAAUUUUGUACCUCCUUAGGAUUAGAAGAGCAGUUCAUUCUUAGUGUCUUCUGAAAUAAAAUUAGCUAGAGUACGCCUAGACAAUUGCUAGCCUGGCUCUGGAGAGAGGGACGAUGGGGACAUUGCAAGAGAGAAGUUCUUUAAACAAGUCUUCCUGAAGUCUGCUUCUUGCUUCUGUUUUAUAGAAGGUAAAGGGAAAGACUGUCUUCUGAAGAUUGAUGUCUAUUUCCUUGAGCUCUUUAAUUUUGUUGCCAAUUUGGAUAAACAUGGCACAAAUCCAGCAGGGAGGUCCAGAUGAAAAAGAAAAGACUACCGCACUGAAAGAUUUAUUAUCUAGGAUAGAUUUGGAUGAACUAAUGAAAAAAGAUGAACCUCCUCUUGAUUUUCCUGAUACCCUGGAAGGAUUUGAAUAUGCUUUUAAUGAAAAGGGACAGUUAAGACACAUAAAAACUGGGGAACCAUUUGUUUUUAACUACCGGGAAGAUUUGCACAGAUGGAACCAGAAAAGAUACGAGGCUCUAGGAGAGAUCAUCACGAAGUAUGUAUAUGAGCUCCUGGAAAAGGAUUGUAAUUUGAAAAAAAUAUCUAUUCCAGUAGAUGCCACUGAGAGUGAACCAAAGAGUUUUAUCUUUAUGAGUGAGGAUGCUUUGACAAACCCACAGAAACUGAUGGUUUUAAUUCAUGGUAGUGGUGUUGUCAGGGCAGGGCAGUGGGCUAGAAGACUUAUUAUAAAUGAAGACCUCGACAGUGGCACACAGAUACCAUUUAUUAAAAGAGCUGUGGCUGAAGGAUAUGGAGUUAUAGUACUAAAUCCCAAUGAAAACUAUAUUGAAGUAGAAAAGCCGAAGAUACAUGUACAGUCAUCAUCUGAUAGUUCAGAUGAACCAGCAGAAAAACGGGAAAGAAAAGAUAAAGUUUCUAAAGAAACAAAGAAGCGACGUGAUUUCUAUGAGAAGUAUCGUAACCCCCAAAGAGAAAAAGAAAUGAUGCAAUUGUAUAUCAGAGAAAAUGGUUCUCCUGAAGAACAUGCAAUCUAUGUUUGGGAUCAUUUCAUAGCUCAGGCUGCUGCUGAGAAUGUGUUUUUUGUUGCUCACAGCUAUGGAGGACUUGCUUUUGUUGAACUGAUGAUUCAACGAGAAGCAGAUGUAAAAAAUAAGGUAACUGCUGUGGCAUUGACAGACUCUGUUCACAAUGUGUGGCAUCAAGAAGCUGGCAAAACGAUUCGAGAAUGGAUGAGAGAGAACUGUUGUAAUUGGGUCUCUAGCUCAGAACCAUUAGACACAUCAGUGGAGUCCAUGCUACCUGAUUGCCCCCGAGUCUCAGCAGGCACCGACCGUCACGAGCUAACUUCCUGGAAGAGCUUCCCGUCUAUUUUCAAAUUCUUUACCGAAGCCUCAGAAGCCAAGAUCAGCUCCCUGAAGCCGGCUGUGACACGCCGCUCGCACCGCAUCAAGCACGAAGAGCUGUAAGAGGAGCGAGCGCAACUGGGGAGGCCACCCUGGCGCACGCACCGGCACCCUCCUCACUGCUUGCGUCGUCGAGCAGACUCCCAGCCCCUCAUUAGAUUGUUUUCUUCCCAGAGCACAGGGUCGUGAUAUGUACAUCUAAAUAGCGUUUUGCAUUAUUUCUAGAUGAGUGCAACUGUCAAAGCAAUAUGGGUUCACUGGUCGUGCUUCCUGCGGGCUGAGCGCUGCCCGUCAGCGCUCAGAUUAAGGCUGACAGCGCCCUGCCUGGCGUGGCUGGCGCGGCUCUAAUUGCCCUGACCGAGCCCGCGCGGGUGCUGCAGGGCGGGCGGCGUCGGCAUGGUCCUAGCGCCCGCUGCAGCGCAGCCGCUGCUGCUUCCACCUCCUUAAUCAUGUCGCCUUUCCCCGCUCUCAACUGGAACAAACUUUUAUUCCCGACUUCAAAUUUCCAUUUUAACUAGGUUUUUCCCUGAGGACAUCUUAUUACCCACCUCUUUUUUUUUUUUUUUUUUUUUUUUAGGAAGUUCCACACACAUGCUCCAAGCCAAUUUCAAAUUCAGAACAGUGCCAUGUAGCUUGGGAGUGCAAAUUGUUCUCUCCCUGUUUUCAUUUCGGGACCAGAAAAAAAAAAAAAGGGAAAACUUUGCAUAAAAAUCUAUAAGUACUGAAUCCGCAUUACUGCUGAAAAUCUUUUUGCCAGCUGUUUGUGAGAGUUUACACAAGUCUCUGAUUUCAGAAGAGACUGUUAAAACCAAAACAAUGAUGGGCAGCUCUUUUAAGUGUAGGUGUAAAAGGUCCCAUUUUCAAUGAAAUUUCCAACUGUUAUCACUGGAAUUGACUUUACUUUUUAAAUAUAUAAUGUGUACUGAGUGGCAUUGUAAUUUAGAUAUAACACACUUAAGUUUUGCUUUUUAAAUCUCUCUGUGGAGAAAGAGUGUUGUUGUUAACCCUUUCCAGAAUGAUGUAUUCUGAGCUUUCUUGGAGUUAGGCACUUCUAGGGAGAGAAUUUUUUUAUUGUCAUCAGGAAACUAAACCUAUGUGCUCUGCAGCCUUUUUCUUCUGAAAGGCUAAGUGGGGCUAAAAUUAUCCUUUUAGUUUUCUGCUUUAACAAUAAGAGAAGGACUUGGUGUGAAAGAAUUUCUUCUCUCAGUCCAAUGGUAUAAUUUUUAGCACUCUGCUUCCUCUGUAGGGUUUAGCCCUACAGUUUGAACAAUUAAGUGUUUUAAUCCAGCUAAGAUGCGGCCAACACUGUGAAAUACAGGAGAUAUUAAGGUUUUGCUGACUUUUAGAUUAAAAUCUUAAAUUUUCACAUUAUUUUUUAAUUACUUGACAAGUUUAAUUACCUAGUAAAGAUUGUUUCUAAUAGAUGAGAACAUGAAUUUAAUAGUUUUCAUCCUUUUUUAAAGUGUAUGCAACAAUUAAUAUGCCUGCCUUAUUUCAGGACAUGAGAAAAUGUACCCAAAAUGACUUAGAACUGUCUAAUGCCUCAGAAAAGUAACUUAAAAUCAACCACUUCGUGCUUAAAUGUUUUUAUAUUAUGAACCGAUUUCAACAAGUUUUAAAGCUGUUAAUAUCUCAUUGCUGUGUUUGACAUACAAGUACAUUCAUUAGUUCUAUAGUUUUAAUGAUGACAAAUUAAAGUGAUCUUUCUUCAGUGGUCAGGUAUGCAUAUAUUUUGGUGUUACUUAAGCAAAAUCAACUAUAUGGGAGGAAAAAUCAAAAUGGCAUUUUAUUCAGCUACUAGAUGGCUUAAAAUGAGUAAACCCCAACAAAGUCAAGCACAUUUAUCUGUGAUAUUGACCCUUUUUAUCCAAUCUUUACUACUUUAGAAGUACUGGUGAACUGUGUAAAAUAAUGGUAUCUUCCAGUGAGAGAUUCAAGAAUAGAUGUGAAUUGAAUAUAUUUUUCAAGGUAUUAUAAAUUGUGUCGUGUUUUCAGUAUAUGAAAAUGUUGACAGGAAACAAUUUUAUAGCAUUUAUAAAAAACCAACACUUCUGCAAUGCUAAAUCUGUGAAGCUUCUGCACCUGAAUUAGAGCAAAAUAAAUAUGCUCAGUUUAUAAACCACAUCACUCCUAUUCCUUCUCUUAAAUCAUCUCUCCUCUUUUUAAACCUUUACUUAUAACUAGAAUAAAUCACUGUUUAAUUGCCUCUAAUACUUUAAAACUACUGGAUGGUUAGGCCUUGUUUAACUAUCUAUAGAGAGCUAUUUGCAAACUUAAGUUGUGUAAAUGUAAUUUCUACUUGUGAAUCUGAGCUGUAGCAGCCCAGAGGGAGCUAGGCAAACUUCCAGACCACCAACUGAUAAGUGAUCAUAUCCUUUGUAAUGCAGGAUUUUUAACCUGUUGAUUAUGGGUUUGUUGAUAUAAAUGUAAUAAUGUUCACCUCGAUUUUCCUGGAGUGACAACCAGCAGUUGGUAGUAGCCCACCUGCAUGAGUGCCGCAAGUGUUAACAAUAUCUUUGCUCUGAUCUUCUUUUCCCCAUUUUUGUUUCCUCAAACAGGUUUUUAGGAGAGUGGAGAUUUAAAGUCAGGAUGUGGACUUUUUAUUUUAAUUAUAUACUUAAUUCUUAGAACAAGUAGAAUGGGAAAGGAGUGACUGAUUAAGAUUCAAAAUAGUCCUGUCGAAACUUAAAGGCCAGAUUAUUGCUUUAGAGCUUUCUGUAGGUACCUAGCCAUCCAGUCGUUAAACAUUUUCAUGGAUAUUUGAAAAGAAGACCAUGUACUUGUAAUAACUGUUCUUUUCUGCCUUUUGCUUUGACCUGGAUUGCAUUAUUGGUUAUUCAAAGAAUAAAAAGGAAAGCACAAGCUUUUCUUGUAUAUUUCCAUUUCCAUUUUAAAAUAAAAACAAUUUUCCCAACAA